AGGAGGGAUCUGGGUUGCAUGCUCCUUGUGAGAAUCCAAUGCCUGAUGAGCUGUCACUGUCUCCCGUCAGCCUCAGAUGGGACCAUGUAGUUGCAGAAAAAAGUUCAGGGCUCCCAUUUAUUCUACAUUAUGAGUUGUAUAAUUAUUUCAUAAUAUAUUACAGUGAAAUAAUAACAGAAAUAAAGCAUGGAAUGGAUGUAAAUGGGCUUGAGAACUAUCUCCACAUCAUCCCUUCCCCUUCUCCUGGGUCCGUGGAAUAGUUGUCUUCAAGAAAAGCGUCCUACAGGAUGCUUCUAAAAGGAGAGCGUUUUGGCAAAUUCUGUCAAACCAAGCAGAAAGAAGGGCAAGGAUGCUUGUCAACCAAGCAGCAAGAAGGGUGAGGAUCCCAGUUUCCUGCCCUAACCCUCAGAGGACAUGGCCAGGACUCCACAAGGCCCUGCGGGUGGCAGCUUGGGAACACAUCCACCAUCCUCUUGAGUAAGCAGCCACCAUCCCCAGGAAGCUGCAGAGGGGGCACACUGGCAGAGCUCUGCGUGCUGUAGAGCAGGGCCAGCAGAACUGUACUCAGCCUCAGCCCUUGGGGAGCUGCAAGACAGACUGAGACCCUCAUAGGUUCGGCUCUGUGUCCACACCCAAAUCUCAUCUGGAAUUGUAAUCCUCCUGCGUCAAGGGAGGAACCUGGUGGGAGGGGAUUGGAUUUGGGGACAGUGUCCCCCAUGCUGUUCCCCUGAGUUCUCAGGAGAGCGGAUGGUUUUAAAGUGUGGCAGUCCCUCCUGCCGCUGUGUGAAGAAGGUGAUUGCUUCCCCUCUGCCUUCUGCCAUGAUUGUAAGUUUCCUGAACUUCCAGUCAAUUAAACCUCUUUAUAAGUUAUCCAGUCUCCAGUAUCUCUUUAUAGUAGUGUGAAAACAAACUAAUGCAGACCCCUUCCCUGAGGCGCCUUCUCCUUAGGCCACCAGCUGCCCCCAUGCUCCUCCUCUGCCCCCUGGUCUUGCUUUUCCCCUUAUUAGGCCCAAGUGAUCCACGUGGCCAGUCCAGCUCCAUCCUACUGGGGGCCUGUGUGGCUGCUGGAGAGGCCAGGCUCCUUUCCUUACCCCGAGGCUGCCUGAAGUACUCUGGAUUCUGGAGGAAACUGACCCUCUAUCCUCAUACUGGUGCAACUUCUUCUAGGCCCUCAAAGCUGGAUGACGUGAGUUGGUCUUUUCUCUUGUCUCCACUUGCUGCUAGGGCUGUCCUUGGGCCAAUGGAUGAAUGGAAGGAUGAAUGGACGGUAGUCCACAGAGGAUGCCCCUGCCUAUCCUGAACUGGGUCCUUCCUCCAAUGAGAAGCCUUCCUGAGAUGGAGAGGAUAGAGGAAGAGGAUACUUUACUGGAGCGAGAGGACAUCAUUCUCAAGUAUGAGAAGGGACACCGAGCUGGGCUGCCAGCAGACAUGGAGAUUGAGCCUGUGGAAAUCUACAACCGCACGGAUCGGUUUGGAAUUGUGCAGUGAGUCCUCCGUGCUCCCAUCAGUCCCUAAAGCACCUGUCUCAGCUCAGGGGUGGGUUUGCUUUUAGAAAGAACCUCCUGAGGCCCUGAAGCCAUGUCUCCCAGGUCGGGCCAAACUCCUUUCCAGGGUCAGACUUCCUCCCUGGCUCCCCUGCAGGUCCAGCCUGAGGUUGUUGGGCCAGAGGUGAGAGGCCCAUCUAGGGAGCGGGUGGGAACGGAGAAGGGGCUAGAUGGGGCCCCUGGGCUCUCAGCAGUUCCACCUCCAAGUUAGGACAAGAGGAGCGGGGCAGCCUGAGGGUCUAGCCCUGUCCACUUACCGACAGCCCCAGUGAAAUUCAAGGUUUGUGGCCACAGGGUGAGGGGACGCCUGGCCCAGCCUCAGGGCUGUCGUCCAGCAGGUCUCCAAGGGCCCACCUGCCCCUGUUCUCCCCCAUUUGCCUAGAGCCAUAGAAUCCCGUUGUCUCCCCCUGAAGGGGGAAAGGCAUGGGGACAGUGGGGGCUGUGGCCCUGGGGAAUGAGGGAGAAGACGGGCAGGACCCUGUUCUGGGCACCUCACGGUGAGGCCAAAACGGCAGCAGAGCUUGCAGCUAAAGAGCCUGGGUCUGGUGCUGGGAAAGGAUCCAGGGCCAGGUAAGAGGAGCCCAGCCUGGCGCCCAUCCCUCAGGGAUCAUAGCAUGGAGAGACAGAGGAUCCUGGGGGAGGUAGGGUGGAGGGAGCUUAUGAGCCCUGCCACUUCUAAAAUGCAGGGGGUGUGGCUCGGCUGCAGGGAGAGGCAGGUGGAUGCUGGGAGGUCAGAACCUGUGAAGGCCUUGGGCGUGUAGGGUGCGAUGGGUCCUGGGUACACCCUGGGUGCACUGUACAGGUCUCAGGCCAGGCUCCGGAGACCCUGGCAGUUCCACAUCACGUGAUCACUUGGAAGGGACUCCUGUCAGGGCCCUGUCACCCACCCUGGGCAGCCCCCAUCCCAUCUCAGGCCCGACCUUUCUCAGCUGCAGCAGAAAGCACCACCUCUAGGCCAGGAGGAGCAUCCCAUUGUGCAGCCUGACCACCCACCCACACCAGGGGCCCGGGUAACCUGGGCCAGGCUGGCCCUGCACUCCUGCUCCUCCCAGUGAGACGGAACUGCCUCCUGUCAGUUCUGGGGAAGCCAAGCAAAUUCGGCAGGAGCUGAGACGCAAGAUGAAGUGGAUGAAAAUGCUGGGAGAAUGGGAGAAAUACAAGAACAGCGAAAAAGUAACGUGUGGAGGGAGAGGCCCUGGAACCACUCUCUGCAGGGACAGAGGACAGACACCCGUGGCUGUGGCCUGGCACCCUCAGCCUCUCAGAGGGCGGGGUGGCACACUGUCCUCACGCAGAGGAUCGCAGCCUGGUCGCAGGCUUUGCUGCCCAUUGCUGGUUCGCCAUGUUUACAAGGGCAUUCCCAUGGGUAUCCGGGGCCAGGUGUGGUCAGUCCUCCUCAACAUCGAUGAUAUCAAGGGGAAAAACCCCAACACAUACCAGCUCAUGAAGGAGAAGGGGAAGAGGUCCUGUGAACAGGUGCACCAGAUCGACCUGGAUGUGAGGAAGACACUCAGAAGACACAUUCUUUUCCGGGAGCGAUAUGGCCUCAAGCAGCAGGAACUAUUCCACGUCCUGCUGGCCUAUGCAGAGUAUAAUCCGGAGGUGGGCUACUGCAGAGACCUGAGCCAGGUGGCUGCCUUGUUCCUGCUGUACCUUUCCGAAGAGGACGCAUUCUGGGCACUGGCACAGCUGCUGGCCACUGAGAGGCACUCCCUGCAGGGAUUCCACAGCCCAAAUGGUGGGACAGUCCAGGGACUCCAAGACCAUCAGGAGCAUGUGGCGCCCUCGUCACAACCCAAGACCAUGUGGCAUCUGGACAAGGAAGGACGAGGCGCACAGGGUUCCUCAUUAGGCUGCCUUCUCCAGAUGCUCAAUGAUGAGAUCUCUCUCGGCCUCACCCUGCGCCUGUGGGAUGUCUAUCUCAUGGAGGGGGAGCAGGCGCUGAUGCCCAUAACGAGAACCAUUUUCAAGGUUCAGAGGAAGCCCUUCCUGAGAACAUCAAGGUCUGGCCUGUGGGCACGUUUUCGGGACUUGUUUUCCCAUACCCGGGUGUUGAAUGAUGAAAAGCUGUUGAAAGAUCUUUGGACCUCCAGGCAAAAAAUGAGAAAGAAGCACGAGGACCUGCCAUCCCCAGCCAAACCCGAGGAAGGGUCCUCGGCACCCAGGCCCAUGCUGGCUUCACCUGGCAGGAACACCCACUGCAAGGGGGACAGUCAGCCCCCUCCCAGCCCAGCAACUCGGUUCCAGCGGCCCAGUUGGUCAGCUCCCCCAGCAUGGCCAGCUUGUUCUUUCACACCCUGUCCUGGUGGGGCUGUCUGUGAAAACACCUACCCUGGGGGCGCUCAGGGUGUGUCUAGCCUGGCCCUUGCUCAGGGAGGACCCCCCCAUUCCUGGCGAUUCAUAGAAUGGAAUUCUAUGCCCCAGCUCCCGACUGACCUAAAUGUGGGGGGCCCUUGGUUUCCCUGGUAUCAUUUUGAAAAGAGCUGCUGGGUCCGUGUCCCUUCUAACUGUGUCCUGGACAUCCCUGGGACCAUGGAAGCCCAUGGGGACCCUGACACCAGGCCCUGCCCAGGCCUAUCAGGACUAAGAGGAAGGUUGGGAGAUAUCCCCACUGCAACAUGGGCACCUGUAUUUGGCCCCUUGGCCAAAUGACUGUGACUGGAAGGAGCCAGGGGGGCACCCCGCAGGCUCCCAGCCCUAAUCCUAACACUAACCCUGACCCUGACCCUAACCCUAACCCUAACCCUAACCCCGCAGCCCCAGACACCUUGGAAAAUCCCGUUCAAUGGGGAGCCUUGUCCCAUUAAAACUGAAAGAGAGAGAGAGAGAGAGAGAGAGAGAGAGAGAGAGAGAGGAGAGAGAGAUAGGAGCAUGGCAUCCCCGAAGCCCUGGCCAGCCAGCAGCAUGCCCCAGGGCCUCUGUACAAACCUGUGGGAGUGUUCCCCUCCCAAGGCACAAUUCCCAGGCCAAGAGGGGCCUGGCCUAGACCCCCAACCCUGGGACGAGAGGGGCACCAGGGGUAUGUUGGGCUCCCAGCUGUAGUCAGCGUGACCAUGCCGGGGACCCUGGCACUGGAGAGCUCUGCCACUGUCCCAGAACGAGGCUAAAAGCCUUGCAGCCACUGCUGCAGCUUCGCCACCACCAGCUGCCUUCCAGCUGCCAGUGCAGGCUUUCCCAGUACUCCCACCGAAGAGAAUUACAAUGGAGGAUGAUGUUGGUACUGAGCUGAGCAAAACAGCACACCCUGUGGAUGGAGCCGGCUUCUUUCCCGGCCACCUCGUUUGCUGGAUGGGCCCACGGAAGAAGUGGCCUUGAGACGGGCAUGGGGACUAAAGAGGCUCAGCAUCCUGCACCUGCCCUUACCAAGGCUCACCAGGCUGACACCACUGCUGACCACCUUUAUGCUGUAAAAUAAACGUUUACUGGUGAAAAGAUUUUGCACGUGUAUCUGCCACCCAGCUGCCCCGAAUAAUGACGUUUUGCAUUACCAUGGCACACUUGUCAAAAGGAAGAAAUUUAGGCCAGGUGUGGCGGCUCAUGCCAGUAAUCCCAGCAAUUUGAUAGGUGGAGGCGGG